AUGUCUCAGGCCCCAGCUUUGUCGACACAUCAAGAAGCUGACCAGUUUCAGUAUUCCCAAAUAGAGGAGAAACGAAUAGAAAGAUACUAUCUUGGGGAGUAUAGUGACUUGAAGCAAAGGAUUAUUCAAUUCUAUGAUCUAGAUGAACUGAAGACCAAGCUGCAAGAGAAAGAUAAUGACGGACGUCUGAAAUACAAAAAUAUCACCCUACAAUUUCCUGACUCUUUGAUAGCUGAUAGCAGUAUUGUACUCAGCUACCUUCAAGAGUCUCUUGUCACAAACGAGGACUGUUCUACCAAAUCUUACCCCGAUGUAGAAGAAAUCGGUUGCAAGGGUUGCGUUGAUUGUGACAAAAGAGACAAAAAUAGUAAGAGUCAAGAUUCGGAUAAGCAGGCAAUAUGGAUUUUGGCAGAUACUGCCUAUUCUUCCUGUUGCAUCGAUGAAGUUGCUAGUGGGCAUGUCAAUGGGGACGUGGUGGUUCAUUUUGGUGACGCAUGCUUGAAUCCAAUAGACAAGCUCAAUGCCCUGUAUGUGUUUGGAAAGCCUCAUUUGAAUGCCGAAAAAAUAAUAGAAAGAGUUGAAGAAUUGUGUUUGGAAGAUGAUAAAGUUGUUCUAAUGAGCGAUACACCAUAUUCCUAUAAUCUCUACUCAAUAUACCGAGAACUUAAGCCCAAGUAUCCAAAUUUGGCGUACGCAGAUGUCGACUUUGACUUGCAGCGAGAAAAUAUGGAGGUGAUCGGAAAAUGGAGCCAGCCACAGGAUGAAGAUUCGAUAGCGUUUGCUAAUCGCAGAAUUUUUGGUUUGGUGGAUGAGAUUAGUAACUACAAGUUGUUCCACAUUACCUUGCCAGCUGAUCCCAGAUUACUCUUCCUGUCCACGAAUUUCUCCUCUGUGGAAAUAUUUGAUUGUAAGGAAAAUUGUACUGUCUUGGGCCCAUUCCCUUCUCUGAUGAAAAGGUACAAGCACAUGCAUGUUGGACGAACUGCCGGGACUAUUGGCAUCCUAAUCAACACACUUUCCCUGGCAAAUACAAAAAUUAUGCUAAAUACAGUCAUAAAAGCCAUAAGAGCAGCCGGAAAGAAGCAUUACAUUUUUGUGGUGGGAAAGCCUAAUGUUGCCAAAUUGGCGAAUUUUGAUCCCAUUGACAUUUGGUGUAUACUAGGUUGUGGACAAAGUGGCAUAGUCAUUGAUAAUGUGGGAGAUUAUUACAAGCCCAUCAUAACUCCGUACGAGCUGCAACUGGCAUUGAAACCUGAGGUAUCAUGGACAGGCCGUUGGGUUACUGAUUUCAUGGAAGUAAUCGAAAAUGGUGAAUUUGACCUAGGAAACGACGAGGAUACUGAGAAUGACAUUGUAGAAAGGCAUAAAGACGAUGCACCCGAGUUCGAUGCAGUUACCGGAAAGUUUUCGACGUUUUCCCGACCCCUGCGGCAAUUAAAGCACUUGGAUGUGGAAGUAAUUGAGAACCAAGAUGAAACAGCCUUGGUCAAGAAAUUUUCAUCCAACUUGGCAAUUCAAAGCACAGUAUCCACUUCGGCUAAAGCUUUGCAAGAACGAAGCUGGACCGGUCUGGGAUCCGACUUUAAAGAUCUUGAAGAAUACGGGGCUGCUUUGGAGGAAGGCCGGAAUGGAAUUGCAAGAGAUUACGGACUCUAG